AUGGCAUUCCGCAGCCCAUUCAGUAUAUCUCGGCAGCUGCUCAGUGCCACCGGGGUGCGCCCGGCCACUCGCAGCUUUCUGGGAUGCGGAGAUCGACGAUGCGGACUCGCCACUGCGGUGCCCCCGGUGACGCAGAACGCAACCGGUUCCAAGGGCCCGACGGCAAUGGUGUUUCUGAACAUGGGCGGGCCAUCAACAACAGGCGAAGUAGAGGACUUCCUCAGCAGACUAUUUGCCGACGGUGACUUGAUUCCCUUGGGACGACUCCAAUCCUACAUCGGACCCCUGAUCGCGCGCCGGAGAACGCCAAAGAUCCAACAGCAGUAUUCCGAUAUUGGCGGAGGCUCGCCAAUCCGGAAAUGGUCCGAAUACCAGUGCGAGCAAAUGUGCAAGCUGCUGGACAAGAUGUCUCCCGAGACCGCACCGCACAAACCCUACGUCGCAUUCCGCUACGCCGCGCCCUUGACAGAAACCAUGUACCAACAGUUGUUGGCCGAUGGAUUCGGGAACGGGAAAGGAGGUCGCGCCGUUGCCUUUACGCAGUACCCACAAUACUCUUGCUCCACUACCGGCAGCUCCCUCAAUGAGCUGUGGAAGUGGCGGAAUCGCUUGGAAGCGAAGGAAGAUGGCAGUGCUGAGGGAGCCAUUCAGUGGAGCGUCAUUGACCGAUGGCCCUCUCACCCAGGUCUCGUGGAAGCCGUGGCCCAGAAUGUGGAGGCCCAGCUGAAGACGUACCCUGAAGAGCAGCGCGACAAAGUGGUGCUAUUGUUUUCCGCGCACAGCCUGCCUAUGAGCGUCGUCAACCGAGGCGACCCUUACCCUGCGGAGGUUGCUGCGACCGUCCACGCGGUGAUGCAGCGGCUCAACUUUCGCAACCCUUACCGACUGUGCUGGCAGUCGCAGGUGGGUCCGAGUGCAUGGCUCGGUGCGCAGACAAGCGAUACGGUGCAGGAGUAUGUCAAGCGCGGGCAGACCGACUUGGUCCUGGUACCCAUUGCCUUUACGAGUGAUCACAUUGAGACCCUGUACGAGCUGGAUCUGGAAGUCAUGCACGAAGCCAACAGCCCCGGCGUCAAGCGCGUCGAGAGUCUGAACGGGAGCCCAGUUUUCAUCCAGGCGCUAGCGGACAUUGCCCACGCGCACCUGCAAAAGGGCGAGCCGUGCUCGACCCAGAUGACGCUGCGCUGUCAAGGCUGUCGGAGUGAGCGCUGCUUGGAGCAGAAGAAGUUCUUUGCCGGAAAGGAGCUUUCCUCGCUCGUUCUGUGA